UUAUUCGAAUCAGUUUACCAAAACACGACGUUAGAAUUAUCGCUGCUCAGAAUGGAAGGUAAUACAGCACCUGCUGAUGAAAAUGAAAUGAAUUCACCGGAUGUAGAUGACAGUACUACAGAACUAAGCACUGAAAGUAGUGAUGAUGAGGCUCCGGAAGUGGUGAAGACAAAACCUACUCCAUCGAGCGCAGUUGUUAACUCCAUAUCUGAAGACGACAACCUGAAAGAACUAACACCGAAAUGGGAAGAUUAUGAAUUGAUUUUCAACAAGUUUGACGAGGACAAAGAUGGAUUCUUGUCGUCUAACGAUAUCCGACAAGUUCUGUUUUCUUAUGGUAUUCUGUCAACUGAAGGAGAACUGCAAGACAUGAUAGCAGAAUUUAACAAGAAAGGUAAUGGUUUGAUAUCUUUAGAGGAAUUUGUGUCGGUAAUGAACAGCCACAAAUUUAUGUUCGGCAAGAAAGACGAGAAGGAUCUCGAAUUGCACGAGGUGUUCCGGAUACUUGAUAAUGGCGGAACAGGAAGAGUGACAGUGCAGGCUUUAUGCAAGUUCAUGUUAGAGUUUGAAGCGUCAUUUGACGAGGAGCAUGCUUAUGAGCUUGUGACGCAGUUUGACUCAAAGGGCAACGGUGACCUCUGUUUUGAGGAUUUUGUGAAAUUGCUGACAGCGAGAGUCUGAUAUGACGUUUUGGUACAACAUUGAUUUCUACUGUCAGACUAUCGAUUCCAAGAGAAGUGAAUCGUCACAGCACAAAAGUGAAUGUUGAUUGAACAAGAGUUCUCUUUCUUUGUUAGCUGUUGCUGAACAUGUCAAAAUAUGUCUAAAUGUCGAAACGACAAACAAAAUGGUUGUAAGUAUGUUCGUGAAGUUAAAUAUUAAAAAGAGAGAAAACAACAAA